GCCUAGCCUCUCUUCUUCCCAGCAGACUUAAGGCCCCAACCCUCCUUCGGGGUGUUUAUCGUUGUGCCAGAUGCUCGGCACAUUCUGUGAAUGUUGCUUAAGGUUCUAACGCUGUGCAAGAGGGAAAAAAAAACAAUGGAGAAGGCUGCGCUGGACCAUAGGAAAGGGAUAGAAAAACGCAUAGGAAUGUAAAGCACAGAGGCGGCUCGGCGUCCCUGGCAGUUAGGAAGACAGGUCCCCGGAGGGGCCUUGGCGGGUUUUCGCUCGCGGGAGUUCUGCUGUGUCUCUCCUACUGCGGUCUCCAGCCUCGCCCUCUUCCUCUGUGCUCCGGAAAGCUGCGGCCCAGCGCGGACUAGGGAGGACUUCCACUCCUUAGGUUGCUCGGAGUCCUAUUGGCGUUUUCUCCCAGGCUUCGCUAUGCCGGCGGUGCUCGGUUUUGAAGGCAGCGCCAAUAAGAUUGGCGUGGGAGUGGUGCGGGAUGGCAAGGUGCUGGCGAACCCGCGGCGGACCUACGUCACGCCUCCAGGCACAGGAUUCCUUCCGGGUGACACAGCCAGGCAUCACCGAGCUGUUAUCCUAGACCUACUACAGGAGGCACUAACAGAGUCUGGAUUAACCUCCCAGGAUAUCGAUUGCAUUGCAUACACCAAGGGUCCUGGCAUGGGUGCCCCACUGGUUUCUGUGGCUGUCGUGGCUCGUACUGUGGCCCAGCUGUGGAAUAAGCCAUUGUUGGGUGUGAACCACUGUAUAGGCCACAUUGAGAUGGGCCGCCUCAUCACUGGAGCCACCAGCCCAACCGUGUUAUAUGUCAGUGGAGGGAAUACGCAGGUGAUUGCGUACUCAGAACAUCGGUACCGUAUCUUUGGGGAGACCAUCGAUAUUGCAGUGGGUAAUUGUCUGGAUCGUUUUGCUCGAGUGCUGAAGAUUUCUAAUGACCCAAGUCCAGGAUACAACAUUGAACAGAUGGCAAAGCGCGGCAAGAAGCUAGUUGAGCUGCCAUACACCGUAAAGGGAAUGGACGUCUCAUUCUCAGGGAUCCUGUCUUUCAUUGAGGAUGUAGCCCAUCGGAUGCUGGCCACAGGGGAGUGUACUCCUGAGGAUCUGUGUUUUUCCCUGCAGGAAACCGUGUUUGCAAUGCUGGUAGAGAUCACAGAGCGAGCCAUGGCACAUUGUGGCUCCCAGGAGGCCCUCAUUGUAGGAGGAGUGGGGUGUAACGUGAGGCUGCAGGAGAUGAUGGCGACAAUGUGCCAGGAACGUGGAGCCCAGCUUUUUGCUACAGAUGAGAGAUUCUGUAUUGACAAUGGAGCCAUGAUAGCCCAGGCUGGCUGGGAGAUGUUUCAGGCUGGACACAGGACCCCCCUCAGUGAUUCUGGGGUUACACAGAGGUAUCGGACAGAUGAAGUAGAAGUGACCUGGAGGGACUAAUGAGAUUAACAGAAUCAGAGUAGAUAGUUCCCUAUUUGGAACCCAAAGGACCCUGUGCGUCAAUCUCUAUCCUGAUGUCGUGGGAGUCCUAGCAAAGCUAUUGGAGUCCUUUAUGGAACCCCAAGAUGACUCAGCAAUAAAUUUUUUUUUUUUUUUU